AUGAUAGACCACGUCCUGGGCCGGCCGUCGGUGCAGUUCAGGAAGAUCCAGGUGCUGGCCGUCGUCUCCUUCUGGUCCUUCUACCUGUACAGAGGCGACCGCCACGGCCCGCCGCUCCUCCGCCGCCUCUCGGCGCUGCUCAGCUCCCGGCUUACCGUGUGGCAGACGGUGCUCGUUACGCUGCUCUACCUCUACGUCGCCCGCAACUUUGGCAAGCUCGUCGGCCUCGAGUGCCCGGAGCCGCUCGCGGCCCUCUACUCGCGCUCCUACUUCCGCGCCACAUGGGUCACCACCGCCCUCGACGCCGGCUUCUGGUCCGCCAUGAAGGUGAAGCCAAGGGGCCUGCGUGACGUGCUGUCGAUCGUCUUCAGCGCCUACUACCUCGUCUGCGCCGAGCAGGCCGACGAGAAGGUCCGCAAGAUCAGGGCCACCCUGACCGUCGAUCACCUGCGCGUCGCCUGGAACAAAGGCACCACGCCCUACAUCUCUGCUCUGACCAGCCUCAUGCGCCCGCGCCUGAUGUGGUACCCCCCGCGCCAGAUCAGGAUCCCGCGCCCCAAGGAGAGCAGCUACAGGGACCCCGUCGUCGCCUGGCUGUACUUCAACGGCCCCCUCAGCGCCCUGAAGAAGCACGACAAGCUCGUCCUCGACGUGCCCGGCGGCGGCUUUGUCGCCAUGGACCCGCGCAACCACGACGACAAGCUCAUGGGCUGGGCCGGCAAGACGGCGCUGCCCGUGCUGAGCCUGGACUAUCGGAAGGCCCCCGAGUGGCCGUACCCGUACGCGCUGAACGAGUGCUACGACGUCUACCACACCAUCGUCGCCACCAGAGGACGCUGCAUGGGGCUCUCUGGCGAGCACGAGCCCAAGAUCGUCGUCUCCGGCGACUCGGCUGGCGGGAACCUGGCCGUCGCCAUGGUGCUCAUGGUUCUGCAGAGCGGCUCCACGGCGACGCGGCGCUGGCAGGGCGAGCACGAGCUGCCGCCGCCAGUGGGCUGCAUGCUGAUCUACCCUGCCCUCGACAUGAACAUCGGCAACUGGAUGACAGACGAGCAGAUGGCCCUCAUUCGCGACCGGAGAGUGAGGAAGACCAACAGACCCAUCCUCCGCCACAAGAGCGACGAUUACCGCCACCUCGCUCCCAACACCCCCUACGGCUCCGACGACUCCGGCAGCGAAGACGAGAAGCCAAGAGCGCGCAUGACCGACGCCAACACGCCCACCAGCGAACGCGUCCUCACCUCGCCCCAGACCAUGAUCAAGCUCAGCGCCGCGCACACCAACAAAGACACCACCGCCCUCCCCAACAUCAACACCAAUCUCACAAACGCCCACCCCGUCGCUACGCCCGACCGCAUGUCACCGGUAGCCACGCGAGCCUCGCCUGAAACGCCCCGCGUCUUCCAACCACCCGCUGCCGGCCCAGCGCCUCCGGCUACAGCCAUCAAAACUCGCCUGGCAACGUCGUCCAUGAUAUCCUACUUCAACGACCGCAUCCUGACGCCGGAGAUGAUGCGCGCCAUGAUCAUCCUAUACAUUGGGCCUCACCACCGCCCGGACUUCAGCACCGACUUCCUGCUCUCGCCCCUCCUCGCGCCCGAGAGCCUGCUUGCCAAGUUCCCACGGACCUGGAUGCUGACGGGCGAGCGCGAUCCGCUCGUCGACGACACAGUCAUCUUUGCGGGAAGAUUGCGGCAGGCAAAACGUGCCGAGUUCGCCACGGCCAAGGAGCUGGGCUUGGACUGGGCGCGCGGUGCGUUCAGAGAGGAGGACUGGGUCAACGUCGACCUCGUCCCCGGCAUUUCGCACGGCUUCUUGCAGUUCGUCGGUGUGUUCCCAGAAGGCUGGAAGUACAUCUACCGCUGCGGCAAGUGGAUCGACGAAGCCUUUGCCGCCGCCGAAGGUCGCGAGGUGCCGGACAGCACCGCCCCCAGCGCGGCCGUCACCCCGUGGCAGCGCAGCCGCGACCGCGACGACUACUUCGGCAGCGGCGCGACGCCCGGGCUGGCCGAAGCCGUCGACGGCCUGCGCUCCCCCUCGACGCGCCGCACACGACACCACUACCGCUCCGGCACCGCCAGCAGCGCCGACGACGACCGCCCGCUGGAAAUGACGGUCUUGCGCAAGGACAAGGCAAAUCUCACGCCGCCGGCGGAAAACGGCAGUCUAGCCACCACCGCGCCCGAUCGAACUGCGCGCGGCAGGGGCAGGGCCCGGGCCCGGAAGAGCGAGAGAGGGCGGCGCAAGAGCCUGGUCAGUCUGGCGAGCGAGGACGAUCUGCUUGGGAGGAGGAUGAAGGGUCUGACCGGCGGUCUUGGCGGGGAGGGACUGCUCGAUUGA